CUCGAAAAAUAUUUAACUUUGUCGUGCAAGAACUAAAAAUAGGUCUAUAACGAACCGGAAGUUAAAUUAUUUUUAGCCAUCUACAUUGUAACGUUGGUUUGUGUUUUGGUCGUCCAAAGGGGGCUUCCCUUUCCCUGGCGAAAUGUCUGCCUACGGAAUUAUGAAAGCUUUCCCCAAAGUGAAGCGAGCAGGGGCACGUGAAGGAAAGGAUGUCCCCCCACCAAAGAGGAAGACUGAUGAAACUGUACCUGUUACAGGGAGUGCUUUCCAGGGCGUCACCGUACACAUAUUACCAGCCGGCAUCGGGAAUGCCAGAUGUCAGAUCUUCCAGAAACAGAUUGUCCAGAAUGGAGGCCAAACUGAGAGUUCCCUCUGUCCCACAGUCACCCAUGUAGUAGUGGAUGACAGUAUGGACUGUGACAGGGCUCUCAGGCUGCUCAAAGUGGACAGGCUGCCCUCUGGAGUUUAUCUGUUGAAGUGCACCUGGCUCAGCACCUGCAUCAGUGAGCAGAGACUGCUGGAUACAGCAGACUACAGCCUACUCAACCCAGACAAAGACAUGGAAACUACAAAGGACGGUGUCAAAGAAGACGUGCUCAACAGUAUCCCACUUCCAGCCACACAGGACAUAAAGCAGCCAAUCUCUGAUGAAACAAAACCAAAUGAGUCAACAGAGACUGUCCAAGACACUAAAGACGAAUAUGGCGUCUCCCAGAGUGAUCUGGAGGCUCUGAUCAGUGGCCUGCACCCCAAGAACGAGACCCCCAGUACCGCCACUGCCCCCUCAGACCCCCAACAGAAGCCUCUCUCAGGGAAGUGGGUGUGUGCCCAGUCCUCCCAGUCCAAGGUUGACAACCACAACAAGCACAUCACAGAUAAACUGGAGGUGCUGGCCAAGGCCUACACGCACCAGGGGGACAGAUGGAGAGCGCUGGGCUACUCCAAAGCCGUCAGCGCCCUCAAGAGCUACCACAAGCCUAUCACGUCCUAUGAGGAGGCCUGUAAGAUCCAGGGCAUUGGCAAGAAGAUGGCUGACAAGGUCAUGGAGAUCAUGGAGAGUGGGCACCUCCGUAAGAUAGAUCACUUGGGAGAGGCAGUGCCAGUACUGGAGAUGUUCACCAAUAUCUGGGGGGCAGGGGCCAAGACUGCCCAGCUUUGGUACACACAGGGGUUCCGCACUUUGGAGGACAUCCGCACCAAGGCCAAUCUGAACCACAACCAAAUAAUUGGACUCAAACACUACGACGACUUUCUGGACCGGAUGCCCAGAGAAGAGGCAGCCGCCAUUGAAAAAACGGUGAAGGAGGCAGCUCAGUUUCUGGACCCUGGCCUGUUGGCCAUGGCCUGUGGUUCGUACCGCCGGGGGAAGGACACAUGUGGAGAUGUUGACGUCCUCAUCUCUCACCCAGACGGGAAGUCCCACCGGGGUGUCUUUAGCAAAGUGUUACAGAGCCUCCACCAGAGCGGCUUUCUGACGGACGACCUAGUCAGCCAUGAGGAGAGUGGCGAGCAGAAGAAGUACAUGGGUGUGUGUCGUCUGCCAGGACCUGGCCGGCUCCACCGCCGCCUCGACGUCAUCGUGGUGCCCUACGGCGAGUUCGCCUGCUCCCUCAUGUACUUCACCGGCUCGGCACAUUUUAACCGCUCUAUGAGGGCAUUGGCCAAGACAAAACGCAUGAGCCUAUCAGAGCACUCAUUGAACAGCGACGUGUUGAGACAAGGAAGUUUGAAGGUGUAUGGGGGGACACCACUACCCACGCUCACUGAGAAGGAUGUCUUCACCCAUCUGGGAAUACCUUUCAGGGAACCUCAGGAAAGAGACUGGUGAUGUUGAUGUUUUUAACACUGUUGGUAUGAGUCGAUGCAUAAGUUAUAUAUUUUUACAGAAAAAUUAUGAUGGUGAUAGUGGUGAGGUGAAGAUCAUGCUUAUGUAUGCAGAUUUCAGAGGUGUCGUAUCAACAUGUCAACUGUGAUUUUAGACUUGAAUUGUAUGAUAAUCUCAUUUUACAGAAGGAAAAACACUUAAGAUGCAUGGUGACUGCUUGGUAUGUUUUUAUGAAGAUAAUGGUGAUUACAGAAAUAUUAAACACUACUUUUAACAAUCACUUAGGUAAUCCUUGUUUUUACAACUUUGUUGUUUAUUAUUGGUUUAUUACUAUAAAGAAUUGAAUAUUAAACCUCUUCUUUUUCAUGAA